GGUCUUCGCAGUGAUUUUCACUUCUCUCUCAUCGAAGAAAACCUUUGGAUCUACGCAGAUAAAUGCGCGGUAUUACUGGGACUUGAGUGCUUGAUAUAUCUGGACAUUGUUAUAAAAGUGUGAAGCCAGAUUGUGAGCGUACAUCAGCCACAAAGAAAACAUCCGAUGCGGCAUACUGUUUUAAUGUAGCUUACGAGAUCAAUAACUAAAGAACAGUUUCUGUUUCAUAACGAUGGCCGAUGAUUAUGAAUCCGCGUCGUCGUACUAUUGGGUUUAUUUCGACGAGAAUAUGACGCUACCAACUUGGGAAUAUCCUGAUUCAAAUAGCAUAGUUAUUCCUAUUGUUAUCGCGGUGAUUUCUAUUCUAGCUCUUUCUGCUAAUUGUCUUGUCAUUUAUAUAGUUGUAAGCUUCCCUUCAAUGCAUACUGUUACCAACUUUUAUAUUUUGAACUUAGCUGUGUGUGAUUUGCUUUUCAUUAUCGUCUGUGCGCCUGUCGUCUCAGUAAUAUACACCCUCCCUGAUUGGAUUAUGGGGGAAUUCAUGUGUAAGCUGAACGCGUACAUCCAAUACGUGACUGUCCAAGCUUCUUGUUCAACGUUAACGAUGAUGACACUGGAUCGUCUUUACGUCAUUCAAUGCCCACUUACAUCACGUUUCAAUAGAACGACAGGCAGGGUAUCGGUGAUCAUAGCUAUGAUUUGGCUCAUGUCCUUCAUCUUACAUAUACCACCAGCUCUGUACUACAAGGUGGAAAUACAACAUUGGCAUCACCAAGAAGCUACGAAAACCUGUCGGCCAGUGUUUCCCAGUGUACAGUUUGACAAAGGCUAUACCAUCUACUCUACCAUUAUAACAUAUGUCAUCCCGCUUGUUAUCAUUUCUGUGUGUUAUGUGUUAAUAUUGAAGUUACUGUGGGGUUUGAGGCAGUUCAAACCGGAGGACGAAGCAUUGGCCGACGGACAUUCUCAGACAGCAAGCACUGUUGCCCAGAAAUGGCGCGCAACACGUAUGGUUUUAACAGUAGUUCUUGUCUUUGGUUUCUGUUGGGCUCCAAUUCAUAUUUUUAACCUGUGGAUGCUAUUUGAUAAUAGCUCGUCUGUUAUCAAGGGACAUAUUCGAGUAUUCUGCAUCUCACUUAUCUACGCCAAUGCUUUUUUCAAUCCUGUCAUCUACGCAUUGGCGGGAUCCAGCUUCCGCCAGUGCCUCCGGGAACUGGCGUUUGGCAGACGAACUCUCUGCAAGUGUAUAAGAUUCAGCAAGAAAGCCCACAUACGCCUAAAGGGGACCUACAGUUCAAUGUAUCACAAAACAUCAAAACGUCGGCCCGACUCCCCAACUGCAAGUACUCUCAUCUAAACCUAUUAGCUACAGCAUUGUACACACGUUCUAUUCAAUACCUAUUGGUAUCGUAGUUUUAUCGUUUCCCUCAUUC